GAGCUGAUUCCAGCUUUGACGAGGAGACCCAGUCCCACGCAGUGUUAUCAAUGCUGUAGAAACUACCUCUUCUGUUAAACUGCAUGUCAAUGCUGAAGAAACUAUCUUCUGAUAAAGUAAAAGCUUCCCAAAAGCUAGAUUUCAAGGCAUCAGAAGCAGUGAAAAUAUUUUAUUUGGGUAGGGAGCUUGAAGAUCCCAUAUCACUUGUUGCACAAAAUGUUCAGCCAAACUCCUUGUUACAUCUUGUCUGUACAAAGAUACAUUUAUGGCCUAGGGCACAAAGAGUUCCUGGUGAGAACAAGUCGUUGCGUCCUCCGGGAGCAUUCAAGAAAAAAUCUGAUCUGUCUGUAAAAGAUGGACAUGUGUUUCUUAUGGAGUAUUGUGAAGAAGGGCCUUUACUUCUCGGCAAUGUUGGAAUGGGUGCAAGACUUUGCACAUAUUAUCAUAAAAGUUCUCCGGAAGACCAAUCUGGGUCCUUAUUACGCAACACAGAUAGUAGCUUGGGGCAUGUUAUUUCCCUGGACCCUGCAGACAAAUCUCCUUUUCUUGGUGAUUUAAAACCUGGUAGCAGUCAGUCAUCACUCGAGACCAAUAUGUAUAGAGCACCCAUAUUUACUCAUAAAGUUCCUCCAACUGACUACCUGCUGGUUCGUUCGUCAAAGGGAAAGCUAUCAUUAAGGCGCAUUGAUAAAGUUAAUGUUGUUGGACAGCAGGAGCCUCUCAUGGAGGUGUUCUCGCUUGGAAGUAAGAAUCUGCAGACUUUCAUGAUGAACAGGCUAUUGGUACACAUGUGCCGUGAGUUCCAAGCUGCAGAGAAGCAGCACUUGUCUCCAUACAUUCUCAUUGACUACUUUCUUUCACAGUUUUCCUUCCUAUCGGAAGCCUCAUUUCGUAAAAGGAUCAAGGAAUAUGCUAAUUUACAGAGAGGCCCAAAUGGACAAUCCAUUUUUGUUAAAAAGCGUAAUUUCCGCAUGUGGUCGGAGGAUGAAUUGAGAAAAAUGGUGACACCAGAACUUGUUUGUGCUUUUGAAAGCAUGCAAGUUGGCCUCUACCGCUUAAAACAUUUAGGAAUAACUGAAACACAUCCUAAUAAUAUUUCAUCUGCAAUGAGUCGACUUCCUGAUGAAGCAAUAGCACUGGCUGCUGCAUCACACAUUGAGAGAGAACUGCAAAUUACUCCAUGGAACUUGAGUAGCAAUUUUGUUGCCUGUACAACUCAGGGUAAGGAAAAUAUUGAACGGAUGGAAAUUACUGGAGUUGGUGAUCCAUCAGGCCGCGGCUUGGGUUUUAGCUAUGCUAGGGCACCUCCAAAGGCACCAGUGUCUAGUGCAGUGGUGAAGAAAAAAGCAGCGGCUGGCAGGGGAGGUUCCACUGUUACCGGUACGGAUGCUGAUUUACGUAGAUUAAGCAUGGAGGCUGCACGAGAGGUACUUCUUAAAUUCAAUGUUCCCGAGGAAGUCAUUGCAAAACAAACCAGAUGGCAUCACAUUGCUAUGAUACGCAAACUUUCAAGUGAGCAGGCUGCGUCUGGGGUUAAGGUUAAUCCAACAACUAUAGGAAAAUAUGCCCGUGGUCAGCGAAUGUCCUUUCUUCAGUUACAGCAGCAGACCAGAGAGAAGUGCCAGGAGAUUUGGGAUAGGCAAGUUCAGAGUUUGUCAGCUUUAAAUGGUGAUGAUAAUGAGAGUGAUUCAGAAGGAAAUAAUGAUCUAGAUUCUUUUGCUGGGGAUCUGGAAAAUUUGCUUGAUGCUGAGGAAUUUGAAGAGGGAGAAGAAGGUACUAAUGACCUAAAACGUGAUAAGGGAGACAGUGUUAAGGGUCUUAAAAUGAGAAGACGCACAACCUUGGCUCAGGCAGAGGAGGAAAUAGAAGAUGAAGCAGCUGAGGCCACUGAAUUAUGCAGGCUGCUUAUGGAUGAUGAUGGAGCUUACCACAAAAAAAAGAAGAAUGCCAGGGUUAUGGUGGAUGCAAGAAGAUUGAUACCGAAACUACAACCAAAAUUUGUCUUUGACAGCACUGAACAAGUAAAGCUAACAAAUACAGCAUUGUAAUUUGAUGGAACUAAUCAUUUUAAGGAGGAUGCAGUUACAGAUCAUAGGGAGGAUGAUAAAUUUUCUGCUAAGAAAAGCAACUCAGUUAAGGUCAAUAAAGCAAAGAAGAGUGACAUUUCACCUAUUAGUGUAUCAAAUAAAAAAAUCAAACUAAAUAUGGGAGAAGGAAUCAAGGUAAGCAGGUGACAUUUAUGUGUUUCAUUAUUCUCUUUUCUCUAUAUAGAAAAACCCUUUUAAAAGGCACACCAAAGCUUUCUAUUUAACGAUGCUUGCUGAUGAAGAUGAUUUGGCAUCUAUUCCUGUAUCAAAGCAUUGAUUUUAAUUUUCUGCAAAUAAUUAUAAAUACAUACAUGGAAUAAUUUAUUAAAAUUGAUCAUUUACGUCAAGAAUUUGACAAACGCUUCGAUUCUUCACCAGGUAUUGUGUUGGUAUUCAUCGAGGGGGAGACAUAUAAUUAUUAACUUGCUUAGUUUGCAUGACUAAUUAGUGAAGUUUGAUUUUCCAAUUGAUUAGAUUCCUAUUGCUAACUCUGUUGCACUUUUUGAAGCUGUGUGUCUGUAUAAAGGAACAAGAGUGAGAUAUUGGCCAAUAUGAUACCCAUCAGCAGGUAGAGAUGUUAACAACGAGUCAGAAUUUGUGGAAUCUGUGGAUAUUGGCCAAAAAGAUAUCCUUAUGUAUUUGCAUCACCAUUAACAAAUAUGUUCAGUGCAGCUGAUUCUCUAGCAAACUAGGCUAUUGAUGUCGGAGGUUGGACCUCAUAAAUUUUCACAGUUCUCUAUAGGUUUAAUUAAAGUUUGAUUCUUUGAUUUUAUGAUUAUUGAGAAUUGUGUCUAAUUUUUUAUUUUAAUUGACAUAUCUCCAUUUAGAUAUGUAACUCUUUGAAACAAUACUGAGAACAUUUUCUUUUGUAGAUAGUCAAGUUAAAGAAGAAAGUCUUUGUUAAUGAUCAUCUGACAGCAUGUCACUAUAAAAAACUACUGGCAAUUAUGCUAAAUUUCAUGUUGAGAAUUUUUGAAUGGUGAGACUUGCUUCUCUUUUCUAAAAUAGUGGCUGGAGCUAUUUACCUCAGGAUGAUUUGUGUGAGUUCAUUUCACUCAUAACCCCGUGAUGUACCGAAGAGAAAACAGACAACACUAUAGCUCGGCAUUCAAAUCACACAAUAAAUGCAGAAUCAGAGGACCGUCUUGCGAAGCCAAAAAUAUCGACAGGGCAUCUAAGAGAAGUUGUUAUGUCUAAUGUAGCGCAGAAGGAAUGCAAUUAGUGAAGCGUUGCUAACACUGACAUUGUGUAGAAGCAAUGCUGGCAUACUUAAAGAGAGUGCUUUGCAGGAACACGAUUUCAAUCGGUAAUUUUGAUUGAGAGAAGUCGAAUAUUGUUUUCAAAGCAGGAAGGCUACUGACUUUGGAGGAAUUGGCUAUGAGUCAAGAAAAGGGGCUUUGUUGAAAUUCGUCGCCGCGAAUCUGAUCACAAUACUGAAACAGUGUCAUCACCAUCCUCGAAAGAUAAGUGUUUUUUCAUAAAGUCGCGAUAAUUGAUCAUCUUAUAAUUGAUUUUUAAUUCAAUACUAGGCAUAAUCAUGUUGUGAAUAAUGUUUUAUGUAUCUGAGAAAGCAAUUUACAGCAUACUGCUAAAUUGAAUGUCAACGCAUGUGAAACCAAAAAACGCAGCUGCUCGACUAGAUUUGUGCUUAGUUAUGAUUCGGUUCUGUGUUUUUACAUAUCGCGGUGUCGUCGGGACCAUUGAAAGAUAAGUAUUUUACAUGUUAUAUGGAUCAAUCAUGAUCAAAUAUUGUUUGUUUAUAGACACUUAUUGUUAUGAUAAUCACGCUAAAAUUAGUCAGAAAUUGGUAUGUAUGGUUUUUGAUUUAAAAACCUAUGGAUUAUGUCCAGUAUUGCAUUGCAUAGUUCAUAUUUCUAUUAUGAAUGCAUACUUUGAAACAGUAAUGGAUUUAUUUUUCAUUAUCUGUUCGACACAGUACCAACAUGGUUUCUAUUCUUGAAAAGGAUAUUGUAUGAUAUCUUGUGGUUAUUGUCAAGUUUGGCUACUUAGUGUGGUUAUACUACGACAUUGGGUGCAUUAAUUGGAUUGGUUCAAAGUGGAUGAUCCUAAACUAAAUAUGUUUGAACAUUAUCUUUGGAAGUUGUGGAUAUUUAGUAGGACAUGUAUAAAGAUUGCACCCACUCUGCAAAUUGAUAAUUUAAAGUUAUUCUUUAUAUAGUAUAAAAGGAUAUGAUUUUAAAUAUAGGAAUAUCUUGGAAAUUGCUCUUCUUAAUUUAUUAUCUUAGUUCAUUUUUCUUUUUAUUUUGUAACAUUUUAAAGAAAAAACUUAAAAAAUAGAUGUUCCAGCCAUGUAUAACACUUAUCAAAUGCUACUUUAGCGUUCCCUUCGAUAAAUCACACUUAUGUUGGAAAUGGCUUGUGCAACCUUGAAUAGUGUUUAUUUCCCCAUAUUGUUGGCCAUCAAGUGGAAUCAAUGUUGUUGAUGGCGGUCCAUGGCGGAGCCAAAAUCCCGGCAUACCGGCCACUUUGCAGCGCCGUUAUAGCUGAUUAUGGCAGAAAAGCCUGCAAUAUCUGGCCGAUGUUUACCAUUGCGGUGAGACUACAAAAUGCCAUGUAUAUCCACCAUAGCGGCCAUGGCGCUGCUAUUUGCUAUUUAAUAACGCUGGGUGGAAUCUACUGCUUAGAGCUAUAGUCAUCCAUGGUUGUCAAUUUCUGUAUCAUAUUACUUUGCAAUAGUAGGUAUCAAAGUUGAGUUAACUCAAAAAAUUGCUUUUGUAAUAGACUUGGAUAGACGAGCAUAGUCUUCAGUAUGAGUACAAAUUGUACAAUACAAUGGCAGUGGCAGUGUUUUUUUAAAAAACUCUAAGAUAAGAACAACAGUUGAAUGAUAUGUGGCUGAGGUAUAGCCUAGUUAUAGCACUUGACUCCAUAGAUGCAUUUAGCAUCUCAAUGUGAACUCAUCUAUAAAGAAGGGAACAUUGUUGUGUCCGAGUCUCAACCUUGCAGCUUUUGGAUUUGCAGGGUUUUAUGGAUGCCGAUUGUUUUUUGUGUUUCUAUUAAUUAUUGCACUUUAGAAAAAAGGUGUGCCUGUGUCGGAUAUCGAAGAGACAUUAAGUUCAAUGGAGUUGUGUCUGGUGUCCGUGCUAGCCAUCUUAGUUUUGUUUUGAUAAUUUUUAUAUUUGAGUGGGUUUGGUAAGAUACUAAAAUCCCUUUUUGGCGGCUUUCUGAAUAGCCCAAGUAUAGGAACCAAUUAGGUAUCUGCUUAACUUUGUAGUUUUGCUUGGGCUAUAACUUAUGAGUUGGUUUACAGUUAAGCGAAACUUAAAUCAGAACGAGAUUUAUCACUUUUUGUUUAAGAAAUGAAAUUCACUUUACCGUGAAUGUCCCGAGAUGGAAAUGGAAAUAUGGAUGCCUUGUGGGAAACGUGAAAUUCACUUUACAGUGAAUGUCCCGAGAUGGAAAUGGAGAUAUGGAUGCCUUGUGGGAAUUGUGAAAUUCACUUUACCGUGUGAUUGUCCCGAGAUGGAAAUGGAGAUAUGAAUGCCUUGUGGGAAACAUGAAAUUCACUUUACCGUGAAUGUCCUGAGAUGGAAAUGGAGAUAUGGAUGCCUUGUGGGAAUUGUGAAAUUCACUUUACCGUGUGAUUGUCCCGAGAUGGAAAUGGAGAUAUGGAUGCCUUGUGGGAAACGUGAAAUUCACUUUACCGUGUUUGUCCCGAGAUGGAAAUGGAUAUAUGGAUGCCUUGUGGGAAAUGUGAAAUUCACUUUACCAUGAUUGUCCCGAGAUGGAAAUAGAGAUAUGGAUGCCUUGUGGGAAUCGUGAAAUUCACUUUACCGUGUGAUUGUCCCGAGAUGGAAAUGGAGAUAUGGAUGCCUUGUGGGAAACGUGAAAUUCACAAUACCGUGAUUGUCCCGAGAUGGAAAUGGAUAUAUGGAUGCCUUGUGGGAAACGUGAAAUUCACUUUACCGCGAUUGUCCCGAGAUGGAAAUGGAUAUAUGGAUGCCUUGUGGGAAACGUGAAAUUCACUUUAUCGUGAUUGUCCCAUGAUGGAAAUGGAGAUAUGGAUGCCUUGUGGGAAACGUGAAAUUCACUUUACCGUGAAUGUCCCGAGAUGGAAAUGGAGAUAUGGAUGCCUUGUGGGAAACGUGAAAUUCACUUUACCGUGAUUGUCCCGAGAUGGAAAUGGAUAUAUGGAUGCCUUGUGGGAAACGUGAAAUUCACUUUAAUGUGUGAUUGUCCCGAGAUGGAAAUGGAGAUAUGGAUGCCUUGUAGGAAACGUGAAAUUCACUUUAAUGUGUGAUUGUCCUGUGAUGGAAAUGGAGAUAUGGAUGCCCUGUCGGAAACGUGAAAUUCACUUUACAUUGAUUUUCCCGAGAUGGAAAUGGAGAUAUGGAUACCUUGUGGGAAACGUGAAAUUCACUUUACCAUGAAUAACCCGAGAUGGAAAUGGAGAUAUGGAUGCCUUGUGGGAAAUGUAUUGAGUGUUGUGGGAACGAAAUAAAGUUAACCGAUGACUUUUUGUUUAAGAAAUGAAAUUAACUUUACCGUGAAUGUCCCGAGAGGGAAAUUGAGAUAUGGAUGCCUUGUGGGAAUUGUGUUGAGUGUUGUGGGGACGAAAUAAAGUUAACCGAUGACUUUUUCUUUAAAAUAUGUAAUUCACUUUACCGUGAAUGUCCCGAGAUGAAAAUGGAGAUAUGGAUGUCUUGUAAGAAUUCUAUGUUCAGAUAUUGGAAUAUGAAUUCUAUGCAAAUGUACGUUCGAAUAAGAAUUAAAGAGUGUUGGAGGGAGACAUGGAUUAUUUCGGUGGAAAUGAAAAGGAUAGGAGUCAUUACAUAGUGGUUUGUGGCCUUAGACAGAGUCUAAUGGAAAAGGAGAAUCUAUUCAGCAAAGAUACUGAUAUUUGCCAAAUCAUUAUUCAAUAGUUUUCUAGUCUUUAUUUAUGUCGAAAUACUGAUCCCUCCAUUGUGUUGGUAUGUUCCAUAGGGUUAUUUCUUAAUACAUCUCUGGGAUUAAUUGCUGAUCACAUUUUCAGAAUAUUGUAUACUAUCAUUUCAUCUCCUAAUAAAUUCUUUAGGAUUAUUGAUUGAUCGUCUCAGAUAAGCUCUUCUUGUCUGUUCUAUUAUUAUAUUAGGCAGUAUUAUGUUGUUGUGAUAAGACAAACAUAAUUUUCAUUUAACUGUAAACCCUCAAUUUAGUUCUUAAAAUAUUUUUGAGAAAAUGUUCUUAAAAGAUUAGCAAGAUCAGUCUUCUAAUGACAUGAAGUCAUAACUUUUUAGUUAUAAUAAUCGGGAAAUAAUGGAUGUUAUGUAAAUCUUGAGGAUCAGAAUGGCAUUCUAAAUACUUUUAACUAUGCUGAUGCAUCUUCAGUUUGUUAGUUCUAAAAACAAUGGUUUGUCAAUGCUGCAUUGCUGCUGAUAGGAUUGAAAAUUGAGUUUUAACACAAUGACACUGUCAAAUGGGUUUUCUAAACAACAACCGGUUGAUGAUCAUAUACCUAGACCUAAUCCUUGGAAUUUUUGUGUUUACUACUGCUGCGGUUUUUACCUUUUUAGAUAGUGCUUCGCAUACAACUAGACUGAACAUUUUAGAAUAUUUUGUUUAGUUCUAUUUGGUCUACACUCCACACCAAUCCAUUUAGUGGAAUUAAGACGUACCACUUUUAAACUUUAUUUCCCAUUCUAUUUUACAGUACCUUUGCAUUCCCUUGGGUAAAUCGCACAUAUGUUGGAAGCAGGUGGAAUGGAAUCUACUACUUAGAGCUAUAAUCAUCCAUGAUUGUCAAAUUCUGUAUCAUAUUAGUAUAUUACUUUACAAUAUUAAGUAUCAAAGUUGAGUUAACUCAAAAAGUUACUUUUCUAGUAGAUUUGGAAAGACGCUCAUGGAGUCACCAGUAUGAGUACAAAUUGUACAAUACAAUGGUAGUGGCAGUGUUUUUUUAAAAACCCUAAGAUAAGACCAACAGUUGAAUUAUAUGGGGCUGCUGUAGUAACCUCAGAUUUAUAGCACUUGACUCCAUAGAUGCAUUUACAAUGCAAUUCUUUUGUUUUUUUUAUUGGUCUAGGGUUUUAUUGGAUGAAGAUGAAUUGGUAAGGUUUUAUGGAUGCUGAUUGAUUUUUUUUUGCACUUCUGAAAAAAGGUGUGUCUCAGUCGGAUAUCGAAGGGACAUUAAGUUCAAUGGUGUCGUGUCUGGUGUCCGUGCAAGCCAUCUUAAUUUUGUUUUGAUAAUUUUUAUAUUUGAGUGUUGGUAAGAUAUCAAAAUCCCUUUUUGGCGGCUUUCUGAAUCGCACAAGUAUAGAAACCAAUUAGUUAUCUGCUUAACUUUGUAGUAUUGCUCAGGCUAUAACUUAUAAGUUGGUUUACAGUUUAGCGAAACUUGAUUCAGGAACGCGAUUUAUGACUUUUUGUUUAAGAAAUGAAAUUCACUGUACUGUUAGUUGUUACAUUUAUGAAAAAAGACGUGUCUGUGUCGGAUAUCGAAGCAACACUACACUUGUGAUUAAGUUCAAUGGUAUCAUGUCUGGUGUCCGUGCUAACAAUUUUAGUUUUGUUUUGAUAAUUUUUUUUAGUGUUUGGUAAGAUGCCAAGAUGUCUUUUUUGCGGCUUUCUGAAUCGCACAAGUAUAGGAACCAAUUAAUUAUCUACUUAACUUUUCAGUAUUGCUUGGGCUAUAACUUAAGUUGGUUUACAGUUUGGCGAAUCUUGAAUCAAGAACGAGAUUUAUGACUUUUUGUUAAAGAAAUGAAGUUCACUCUACCUAGAAUGUCCCGAGAUGGAAAUGGAGAUAUGGAUGCCAUGUGGGAAAUGUGUUGAGUGCUGUGGUGACGAAAUAAAGUUAACCGAUGACUUUUUGUUUGAGAAAUGAAAUUCACUUUACCGUGAAUGUCCCCAGAUGGAAAUGGAGUAACGAAUGCCUUGUGCGAAAUGUAUUGAGUUGUUUGGGGGACGAAAUAAAGUUAACCGAUGACUUUUUGUUUAAGAAAUGAAAUUCACUUUACCGUGAAUGUCCCGAGAUGGAAAUGGAGAUAUGGAUGCCUUGUGGGAAAUGUGUUAAGUGUUGUGGCAACGAAAUGAAGUUAACCAAUGACUUUUUGUUUAAGAAAUGAAAUUCACUUUACCGUGAAUGUCCAGAGAUGGAAAUGGAGUAAUGGAUGCCUUGUGGGAAAUAUGUUGAGUUGCCGUGGGAAUGAAAUAAAGUUAACCGAUGACUUUUUGUUUAAGAAAUGAAAUUCACUUUACCGUUUCCUGAGAUGGAAAUAGAGAGAUGGAUGCCUUGUGGGAAAUGUAAUGAGUGCUGUGGCGACGAAAUGAAGUUAACCGAUGACUUUUUGUUUGAAAAAUGAAAUUCAGUAUACCGUGAAUGUCCCGAGAUGGAAAUGGAGAUAUGGAUGCCUUGUGGGAAAUAUGUUGAGUGCCGUGGGGACGAAAUAAAGUUAACCGAUGACUUUUUGUUUGAGAAAUGAAAUUCACUUUAUCGUGAAUGUCCCGAUUUGUAAAUGGAUAUAUGGAUGCCUUGUGGGAAAUGUGCAGAGUGCUGUGGGGACGAAAUAAAGUUAACCGAUGACUUUUUGUUUAACAAACGAAAUUCACUUUACCGUGAAUGUCCCGAGAUGGAAAUGGAGAUAUGGAUGCCUUAUGGGAAAUGUGUUAAGUGCUGUGGCGAUGAAAUAAAGUUAACCGAUGACUUUUGGUUUGAGAAAUGAAAUUCACUUUACCGUGAAUGUCCCGAGAUGGAAAUAGAGAUAUGGAUGCCUUGUGGGAAAUGUGUUGAGUGCCGUGGUGACGAAAUAAAGUUAACCGAUGACUUUUUUUUUGAGAAAUGAAAUUCACUGUACUGUGAAUGUCCCGAGAUGUAAAUAGAUAUAUGGAUGCCUUGUGGAAAAUGUGCUGAGUGCUGUGGGGACGAAGUAAAGUUAACCGAUGACUUUUUGUUUAAGAAAUGAAAUUCACUUUACCGUGAAUGUCCCGAGAUGGAAAUGGAGAUAUGGAUGCCUUGUGGAAAAUGUGUUAAGUACUGUGGCGAUGAAAUAAAGUUACCGAUGACUUUUUGUUUGAGAAAUGAAAUUCACUUUACUGUGAAUGUCCCGAGAUUUAAAUGGAUAUAUUGAUGCCUUGUGGGAAAUGUGCCUAGUGCUACGGGGACGAAGUAAAGUUAACUGUUAAGAGUCCCACAUCGGACAAUAUAUGGCCUGAACAUGUCCUUAUAAGUGAGGACAAUCCUCACCCUACAAGCCGGUUUUGUAGUGUUGAGUUAGGCCCAAUCACAUUUCUUAAUAUGGUAUCAAGAGCCUAAUUUAAGAUCCGGUGGGCCACCUUCUAUGGUUUCCGCUAUCGGGCCACCUGCCAUUCAUUUCCACACUCCAGUUGUCUAGUCCUGGGCGUGAGGGGGUGUGUUAAGAGUCCCACAUCGGACAAUAUAUGGCCUGAGAUGGAAAUGGAGAUAUGGAUGCCUUGUGGGAAAUGUGUUGAGUGCUGUGGGGACGUAAGAAAUUUAACUGAUGACUUUUUGUCUAAAAAAUGAAAUUCACUUUACCGUGAAUGUCCCGAGAUGGAAAUGGGGAUAUGGAUGCCUUGUGGGAUAUGUGUUGAGUGCUUUCGGGACGAAAUAGAGUUAACCGAUGAGAACUCCUAUGAAAGCGGUGGUGGUUUUUUUGUUCCAGGAUAGGAUUUGGAAAGUGAUUUAUGAUAAAUGAAGGUUUGCGUCUUGUAUGAUAUGAUGAAUAAAAGAACAACUCUUUUGCUAAAAGUGGCAUGAUUCAGAUAUUGGAAUAAGAAUUCUAUGUAAAAGUACGUCUGAAUGGGAAUGAGAAUCAAAGAGUGUUGGAGGGAGACAUGGAUUAUUUUGGUGGAAAUGGAAAGGAAAGAUGUCAUUACAUAUUGGUUUGUAGCCCUAAACAGUCUAAUGGAAAAGGAGGAUUUAUUCAGCACACAUACUGAUAUUUGAAAUGAAUAUUAUUCAAUAAUUUUUUAGUCUUUAUUCAUGUCGAAUUACUGAUCUCUCCAUUGAGGAUCAGAAUGGCGUUUUAACUACUUUUUAAUUAUAUGAUGCAUCUUCUAUUUGUUAGUUCUAAAAAUAGGGGUUUGUCAAUGCUGCAAUGCUGAUAGGACUAAAAAUUGAGUUAACACAAAGACUCUGUCAAAUGAUUUUGUUUUCUAAACAACGAUUAGUUGAUGAUCAUAUGAUCUAACCCUUGGAAUUGUUCUGUGUAAACUGCUGCAGAUUUUUACUUUUUUAGGUAGUGCUUGUAUAUAGACAGAACAUAAUAGAAUGUUUUGUUUUGUUCUCUUUGAUCCAUACCUCACACCAAUCCCUUUAGUGGAAUUAAAACGUAGCACUUUUAAACUUCAUUUCCCAUUCUAUUUUAAAGUAUAAAAGAUAAAAAAAUAGAUGUUCCAGCCUUGUUUAACACUUAUCAAAUGCUACCUUAAUGUUCCAUUGGUUAAACCACAGUUAUGCUGGAAAUGGAUUGUGCAACUUCUGAAAAUGAAUUGGUAGGGUUUUAUGGAUGCUGAUUGCUUUUUGUGUUUCUGUUAAUUGUUAAACUUCUGAAAAGAAAAGUGUUUCUUUGUCGGAUACCAAAGCGACAUUGGAAACAUAUUAUCUAUGCAUGCAGUUAUUCGGGGAGAGAAAACAAGAAAGGCAUAUGUUGCUUUGCUUCAGAGGCAUAAAGCAGCUGUUAUUAUACAGAAGCAGAUAAAAGCAGUGUUUGUAAGAAACAAAGUUCGGACUGUUAAAGAUGCUGCAAUUUUCAUACAAUCAGCUUUGACGAGGAGACCCAGUCCCACGCAGUGUUAUCAAACAGCGGCGUGAUGGCCGCUAUGGCAGACGAAAGGCUACGAUGGUGCGGAUAGGGGAGAGGAGGACGAAAGGCUAUUAUGCCGGCGAUGUCGGAUUCGUAAGGAACGUGUGGUGGUUUAUGCAAUUUGAAGAUAUAUAUUGUUGAUAUGGGCAUUUGAUGUUACAACCGAUAUUCUGAAGCUUACAAUCCAACCGUCGAGGAUCGUUAUGAUAUGCGAUACGAUCAACUUAGAAGCAUUGCUGGUCGUAUACAUAUUGUGGUUGGAGGGAGGUUCAAGGGGAAAGGCUGCAGUCCGCGUUUAGUAUUCUACUAGACAUAUUGUGAAGGAUAUUGAGCAUGUGCAGUAACUGUUCAUUUAUUUCGUCGCAGACGGAGUUAAGUCGGUCUAUCGAACGAGCUGCCAAGAUGAGGUACACAUGGAAAAUAAAUAAUCAGGUACACAUGGAAUAUCUAUUAUGAAAAGCUUAUGACCUUGGCAGUAGUUUCUAGUUUCUUGAAAUAUUAUUCCAAACUAGAGAGAUGGGAAACUCGAUGAUAUCUUAAGAUGUUCUACAUUCUUAAGUUCCAUGAUUUGGUAAGUGAUAUCACAAUUUACAUUUGCUCCUUGUUGGAAUACUAUGAUAUGUGAUUAUAAAUUUUAUCAUCUCUAUAUGCAGUAUCGAUAUUUCAGAUUAUCAAGUGUAGUAGAAACAAAUGAUAGUUGUACAUGCGAUAUUGUUUUUGUUUUUUAGAAUUAAAAUUUACUCUUCGUGAAACUUGAUAAGGAUGUAGAGAUGAUUAAUACUGAUAAAUAUUCAAAGAAUGUUGUAAUUAAUUGAUACCUGCUUGAUUGUUCUCUUAAACUAUAAGUAGUUUAUAUGAAUAAUGUAAAUAACUUGGUUUUUAAAUUUAGCCGCCUGCUACUCCAGUUACACCUAAUGAAAAAGGAGGUUCAAAGACUACAAAUGGCUGAGGCAUAAAUACAAAUGGCACAAGAAAAUAGCAAAUCAUAAGCUUCAAAUUUCCUUAAUAGAAAUGUAGAGGUCGAGCUCUAUCAGUGGUAAUGCGUAGGUGUGUUCGAUCCGUUGCGUGUUGCUGUUGUUGUUUCGAGUCGCUUGAAAUGUGUCGAAUAUCAAAUGACUCUGUGUUCGAACAUCGAUUGCAAGUGCAUAAUUGUGGUACAGGUUUGGAUUCGCGGAGAAGGUUCGAGAUGUUUGUUGAUAAACACAUUUGGAUUAUAGUAGCAACUAUCUAUUUGUAGUGUUCCUUAAAUCGUUAUUACCCGCAAAUCAAUUUACUGGGUUGUUCUCUUUAUUUGAAUUUUAAAAUUGUUAUUUUCCUGGUUAUGAUAUGCUUUCAGUAACUGUAGUUGAUACAAAUAGCUGUCACCCAACCGAGUUUGAUUCUUAUCUCUGCAGUCACACCGACAUCCAGGUAAAAGAGAGGCUUUACUUAAAAUCUACUUGACUAAUAUAAUAUCUUUUCCAUAGCCUAUCUAUUUUAAGAAUUUGAGACUGGAAAUUGAUUUUGGGAGUGAUCUCAACAUGUUCGAUUUAAUUCAACAUUCAAGGAGUAAGUAAUGAUUGAAGUUUUAUGAUGUUUACAGUUACUAAUCAUUUAUAAUUAACAUAAAUUGUAUUAUGGUUUCAUCUGUGUGACGAUGAUCGUUAGUGGCGGGGGUCACGCCAUCAUCAUCAUUGGAUACCGAAAUGGUUAAUCCGCAUGGACAUCGAGCUCUCUCUUUGUAUCAUCGAUGGUCUGAAAAGUUCCAAUACGAUAGCAGGAUGAAACCAGUUCCUCGUGUGAUCAUUUACGUCAAGAAUUUACAAACGCUUCGAUUCUUCACCAGGUUCCUAUUGCUAACUCUGUUGCACUUUUUGAAGCUGUGUGUCUGUUUAAAGGAACAAGAGUGAGAUAUUGGCCAAUAUGAUAUCCAUCAGCAGGUAGAGAUGUUAACAACAAGUCAGAUGUUAACAAGAAGUCGGAAUUUGUGGAAUCUGUGGAUAUUGGCCAGUAAGAUAUCCUUAUGUAUUUGCAUCACCAUUAACAAAUAUGUUUCUUUUUGUAUGUUUAAAGAGCUAUAACAGUGCAGCUGAUUCUCUAGCAAACUAGGCUAUUGAUGUCGGAGGUUGGACCUCAUAAAUUUUCACAGUUCUCUAUAGGUCUAAUUAAAGUUUGAUUCUUUGAUUUUAUGAUUAUUGAGAAUUGUGUCUAAUUUUUUGUUUUAAUUGACAUAUCUCCAUUUAGAUAACUCUUUGAAACAAUAUUGAGAACAUUUUCUUUUGUAGAUAGUCAAGUUAAAGAAGAGAGUCUUUGUUAAUGAUCAUCUGACAGCAUGUCACUAUAAAAACUACUGGCAAUUAUGCUAAAUUUCAUGUUGAAGUAUUCCCUAAGAAUUUAGCAUACUAAGAUUUUUACAUUUAUUUUGUAGUUUGUAUCAAAGGUUGAAUGUUGUUUACAAUAUAGUAAACUUUGAACAUACCUCCAUGUGUAGAUGUUCACCAUUAGCAGUUUAUAGACAUAAGAUAGUGCUGCAAUGUUUGGAUUAUGUGCAUAUUGAUGUUUAAUGACUCCAAAAAGAAUUUUCCUUUUGAUACAUUAUAUUCUUCUUAAUGAUUUGGGCGGCAUGGUAAACGAAUUGAUUGAUCGUAACUAAUACAUGAAAAGGUCUGCAGAGUUUUUGAAUGGUGAGACUUGCUUCUCUUUUCUAAAACAGUGGCUGGAGCUAUUUACCUCAGGUAUUUAGAUUUUGAAUAGGGUCUCUAGCUUUUACUAUUUACAUACAUGGACAAGCAUGUUUAAUGUUGUUAGAAUAUUAUAUCUUGGUUACGUAUAAUAUUAAUCACAUGCUUUUGGUAUGUUGUGUAUUUUGUUUACGAUGAUUUGUGUGAGUUCAUUUCACUCAUAACCCGUGAUGUACCGAAGAGAAAACAGACAACACUAUAGCUAGGCAUUCAAAUCACACAAUAAAUGCAGAAUCAGAGGACCGUCUUGCGAAGCCAAAAAUAUCGACAGGGCAUCUAAGCGAAGUUGUUAUGUCUAAUGUAGCGCAGAAGGAAUGCAAUUAGUGAAGCGUUGCUAACACUGACAUUGUGUAGAAGCAAUGCUUGCAUACUUAAAGAGAGUGCUUUGCAGGAACACGAUUUCAAUUGGUAAUUUUGAUUGAGAGAAGUCGAAUAUUGUUUUCAAAGAAGGAAGGCUACUGACUUUGGAGGAAUUGACUAUGAGUCAAGAAAAGGGGCUUUGUUGAAAUUCGUCGCCGCGAAUCUGAUCACAAUACUGAAACAGUAACAUCACCAUCCUCGAAAGAUAAGUGUUUUUUCAUAAAGUCGCAAUAAUUGAUCAUCUUAUAAUUACUUUUUAAUUCAAUACUAGGCAUAAUCAUGUUGUGAAUAAUGUUUUAUGUAUCUGAGAAAGCAAUUUACAGCAUACUGCUAUAUUGAAUGUCAACGCAUGUGAAACCAAAAAACGCAGCUGCUCGACUAGAUGUGUGUUUAGUUAGUUAUGAUUCGGUUCUGUGUUUUUACAAAUCGCGGUGUCGUCGUGACCAUUGAAAGAUAAGUAUUUUACAUGUUAUAUGGAUCAAUCAUGAUCAAAUAUAAAGAUUGCACCCACGCUGCAAAUUGAUAAUUUAAAGUUAUUCUUUAUAUAGUAUAAAAGGAUAUGAUUUUAAAUAUAGGAAUAUCUUGGAAAUUGCUCUUCUUAAUUUAUUAUCUUAGUUCAUUUUUCUUUUUAUUUUAUAACAUUUUAAAGAAAAAACUUAAAAAAUAGAUGUUCCAGCCAUGUAUAACACUUAUCAAAUGCUACUUUAGCGUUCCCUUCGAUAAAUCACACUUAUGUUGGAAAUAGCUUGUGCAACCUUGAAUAGUGUUUAUUUCCCCACAUUGUUGGCCAUCAAGUGGAAUCAAUGUUGUUGAUGGCAGAUGGCGGUCCAUGGCGGAGCCAAAAUCUCGGCAUACCGGCAUACCGGCCACUUUGCGGCGCCGUUAUAGCAGAUUAUGGCAGAAAAGCCUGCAAUAUCUGGCCGAUGUUUACCAUUGCGGUGAGACUACAAAAUGCCAUGUAUAUCCACCAUAGCGGCCAUGGCGCCGCUAUUUGCUAUUUAAUAACACUGGGUGGAAUCUACUGCUUAGAGCUAUAGUCAUCCAUGGUUGUCAAUUUCUGUAUCAUAUUACUUUGCAAUAGUAGGUAUCAAAGUUGAGUUAACUCAAAAAAUUGCUUUUGUAAUAGACUUGGAUAGACAAGCAUAGUCUUCAGUAUGAGUACAAAUUGUACAAUACAAUGGCAGUGGCAGUGUUUUUUUUAAAGACUCUAAGAUAAGAACAACAGUUGAAUGAUAUGUGGUUGAGGUAUAGCCUAGUUAUAGCACUUGACUCCAUAGAUGCAUUUAGCAUCACAAUGUGAACUCAUCUAUAAACAAGGGAACUUUGUUGUGUCGAGUCUCAACCUUGCAGCUUUUGCAAUUCUGCAAUGAAUCAAUGCGCCAACAAGGUGAGUGAUCCUAACUCUGAUGAGCUGAUUCCAGCUUUGACGAGGAGACCCAGUCCCACCCAGUGUUAUCAAACAGCGGCGUGAUGGCCGCUAUGGCAGAUAUACAUGGCUGUUUUCGGGUUCUCCACAAUGGUAUAUAACAUCCGAUAUUGUGGGUUUUUCCGUCAUAAUCCGAUAUAACGGCGCUGCAAAGCGGCCGGUACGACGGGAUUUUGCCUCUCUGCCAUCGACAAUACGUCCCACCAUCAUUCACCCUUCUAGAAUUUUCUUUCCCAUGUUUUAGUCCAGCCUGGAACUUUAAGUCAUUUUUGUUACACUUUCACAUUUCUGCCAUAAUAAAUCAUUUCAGUAUUCCUUGUUUUGAUGCCAAUUAUCUCGAUGGAUGAUAAAUUCAAAUGUGAUGUUAAAUGUCAUGGGGAUUGGGAAGGCAUUGUGGUAAUAUUCAGGACUGUCUGAUGAUGCAGGUUGCUGUACUAGAGGAGCAGAAAAAUGAGGCUACAGAAAUUGACGAGAUUGCUGAAAAGGUAGAAGAUGAAUCUAAUCCAGUAGAGGCCGAUUCAAGUGCAGCAGAACCAACUAGCAAGAAUGAGAUUUUCGAUGAAAAAGCUGAUAGAAAUGACGUCCCAAUGGAAUAAAGAGAGCCUCAAGACAAAAAUCAGGUAGUACGUCAAGAUCUCAAUGAGAGUUUGGAUUUGAGUUUGGGUCUGACAUCACAUGAUGAGGACAAUGAUUCUGAUUCAAAAACUAAUCAAGCUACAGAAGGCCAAUAAUGCAAAGUGAACUCAAGUGGCACUGAGACAUGCACAGAGUUGCCUCCUCAUUCUAAGUGAUUCAGACUAUAUAUUGGCAUGAUGGAAGUGACUUUUCACCCUGGCUAGAUGGUUCACUCCCUGGCUGGUUUAGGUUGGAUUAUUGUGGUGGCAUAUGCCAGUUGUAUGUUAUUAUUAUGCAGUGUCCUUGCUGGUGUAAUCAGAAUAUGUAAUGCAAGAACAUAUAUACAUUUUUCCAAUCAUUGGACAUAAUUUUUUUCCUAGGCAGAAUAUUCUGGACUGCAAAAUCAUUUGUAGGUGAAAAUCAAUAACGUCACUGAGAUUCUACUA